AUGAAGCGCCAAGGGCUGCGAAUUCGCGCCAAGACGAGGCAGGGACAGAAGAAGCCGGCGGAUAUGGAGGCAGACGCAAAAGAAUUUUGGAAGAAUGUUGCUCAAGUCAAAGAGGAGCUUGGCGUCGAGAAGGUUUACAACGCAGACCAGAGUGGAGUGUGUUUUGAGUAUUUACCGAAGCAUACUAUCAGUGAAAAUCAUUUCAUUUCGCUGAUCGUACUGAAAAUGAACCUGUCCUACUAUUGUGGGACGAUUUCUCCGCCCAUUGGACCGAGGAG